UUACUCCCCAAACCGUUUAUACAUGUUUAGCAGUUAAACGAAAAUUCGAUUAGAACGAGGGGAAGAUAAUUAAGUGAACAAAAGGGAAUGUCUCGUGCAGGACAAGAUGUCCUGGGUGUAUUGCGCGGUAUAGAAAUGGUUAUAGAAGCCGUCCUGAAAGAGCGGAGCAAAUCCUGCAAGCAUAUCUGGAUUAAUUCAAGUUUACGAGAAGUAAUCGAGAAAAAUUUGAAAUCGGGAUCUGAAUAUAUGCAAACCGCAACUGGAAAUCCAAUGGGUGAGUUAAAAAAACUGCAAGAGUUAAUAGGAGAAACGGGUGAAAGAACUUAUGUAGUUACUGAAGGACUGAGGCAGUUGGUUGGAGCGAAAGUGAGUCAGGAAUUGAGAAUGCGUCAAAUAGUAGAUAAUCCCAGGGAAAUAAAGGUAGGCGGUAAAGUAUUGAAUGCAUCAGACAAUAUUAGUCUGCAUAGAAAUGUCGACGCUGCCAACUUAGAUAUAUCAUCAAUAACCUUGGAGGAACUAGAGGAAAUAUUAUCCAAACGCCACAAGGAUCGAGAAAUAAGUUUGCGCACUACGGCUACUAAAAGUAAACAAAUAGUUAAUCUACAGAAACCGCUUGAGACAUUAAAUCAAGUAAGGAAUUCAGAGGCAGUUGAGGCGGCAAGAACGAAUAAGUCAGGUGAUGAAACUCUAAGAGCUGACACCAAAUAUGUAAAGAACGUUUUGUCGUUUGUUGCUGGCGCUCAAGCAAACUUAAGCUCAACCAGUCAAAUCGAAUUGCCUACUUUAAGUAAAGUAGCCAAACAGAGGCGUGUUCCCGCCAGUCGUCUGGGUAGAAUGGCUUCGUUCGGCGGCCUGUUCGCGGGCUUGGGCUUUGGCACUAUAAAUGAGUUAACAAAGGGUGCGCUUGGAUUAGGUGGUUCGAAAAAUAUGAAAGAGGCUUUAUUAAGCCCUGCCAAUGCUGAACGCAUAGUAGAUACCCUGUGUAAAGUGAGAGGUGCUGCUCUAAAAAUUGGUCAAAUUUUAAGUCUACAGGAUUCGAAUGUCGUUUCUCCUCAGCUAGCAAAAGCAUUUGAGCGUGUCCGCCAGGCCGCCGAUUAUAUGCCUGAUUGGCAGGUGGAACGUGUUAUGUCCACCCAGUUGGGGGCGGAAUGGCGUAAUUUAUUGCAAAAAUUCGAUGAAAAACCGUUUGCUGCUGCUUCCAUAGGCCAAGUUCAUCGAGCAAUCCUUCAAAACGGUAUGCAAGUAGCUAUAAAAAUUCAAUAUCCCGGCGUAGCUCAAAGCAUAGAAAGCGAUAUCGAUAAUUUAGUUGGUAUGCUAAAAGUGUGGGAUGUCUUUCCUCAUGGUUUCUUCAUAGAUAAUGUGGUUAAGGUAGCUAAACGUGAACUGACUUGGGAGGUAGAUUACACGCGUGAAGCUGAAUAUACAGAAAAAUUCAAGGAAAUGAUUGCAGCCUACUCAGAAUAUUAUGUGCCUAUAGUAAUUAAACAAAUGACGACAGCUAAUGUCUUGACCACAGAAUUGGUGCCGGGUGUGCCUUUGGAUAAAUGUUUCGACUUAAGAUAUGAAUAUCGUAAACAUAUUGGGGAGUCGAUCUUAAAGCUUUGUCUACGCGAAUUAUUUGAGUUGCAAUGUAUGCAAACUGAUCCAAAUUGGUCAAAUUUCUUGUAUGACGUCAAGAGUAAACGACUAAUGCUUAUCGAUUUUGGUUCCACUCGAUUUUAUCCGAAAAAAUUUAUUAAAAAUUAUAGAAAUGUUAUCAUAAGCGCUGUAAAUAACGAUCGCCAAGAUGUUUUAAAGAUAUCCCGCGAGAUGGGUUUUCUUACUGGCUACGAAAGUAAACAAAUGGAAGAGGCCCAUGUAGACGCUGUAAUGAUCUUGGGUGAAAUGUUUCGUUGCGAGAGUGAAUUCGAUUUUGGUCGUCAGAAUAUUACUGAACGAAUUGCACAUUUAGUUCCCACAAUGGUCGCUCAUCGUUUAUGUCCUCCUCCUGAAGAAAUUUAUUCCAUCCAUCGCAAAUUGUCAGGAAUAUUUCUAUUGUGCGCUCGCUUAAACAUUAAAUUAAAUUGUCGUCCUCUUUACGAUGAAAUUGUUAUAAGUAAAUUUAAAGAAUGAAAACAAGGUGAUUAUAUAUAAGAAGUAAGUGCCAGUGAUAUAUAACGAUUUCAACUGAGGAAUUUUAAUUGAUAAGGUUGCAAUAGCGGUAAUAAAGUUUUUAUUUUGUUAUGUAAAAGAUAUUUUCUACCUAAA